AGCGAGUAAUCGGGCCGGUGAUGACCGAGCCGUAAGGUCAUCCAGUUACAACCUGGAGUGUAACAAGCUUCUCCAACGCUGCAUCCUCUAUGUGAAUUCUCUCUCUCUCUCUCUCUCUCUCUUUCUAUGCUCUCUCUCACUUCCUUCCUCUAUCACACACACACUCUCUCUCUAUCUCUGUCUGAACUUUUCUCUACGUCAAACGACAUAACCGAACGGAUAAACCAAUGCUACAAUACAAUCGACGAAAAAUUGUUCAUGUGCUCGUGAAUAAACGUGAAACAUACCGCGCAUAAUAUCACGUAAAGAGAAUAACGAGUUUUCAACGAGAUCGAGCAAACGAAGAGUUCUCCAAGUGAAGAUAACGCACGCAAAGGAAGAUCGAGGAUUUCUUUAGAGGAGGAGGAGGAGGAGGAGGAGGAAACGGUUGUUGAAAAAGAAGAAGAGGAAGAAGGAGAAGGAGGAGGAAAAAAGGUAGUGUGCCGUUGCGAUUGGACUGACAGAAAGUGUAGAGAUAAGGGGACAACGUAAAUAAGCAGAAGGAAGAACUCACUGUGGAGAACAGAUUCGUGGAGGAUCUCCGACUGGUGAAACGAGAACUCUUUCUGUCUCUCUGUAUAACGCGCGAGGAGUAUAACGCGAUCCAGGGAAGAGUGAAAGUUCCCCUAAAUUCGAGCGUGUUUCGAGUGUGCUGGGUUACGAUAACGUGGACCUGUUGACCAGGGUUUAGUCGAGAGUCUAUCGUUGGAUCACCGUGGGACGCUGAAAGUACCAGAGAGACGAGUAGUGAGGAAGGUCAGGAUCUGAGAUGGGUACUAUUCUACAGCAGUCGGUCUUAAAAGGCCGGCAGACCAGCCUCGGAAAGGAGAAGGAUCUGCUUCAUAAAUUAUUCGUCGAGGCGGUGGCAAAUUAUUCCAGUCAGCUGGCGAUCCGUUACGAAGACGACAACGGGGAGGAAUUUACAAUUUCGUACGAGGAAUUGAACGAGCUGACGAACAAAUUGGCCAGAGUAUUCCAGAAAUGGGAGAAAUCAGAGGAUACGUCGAAAAAUAUCGUCGCUGUGUGCCUGAAACCGUCGCAUCGCUUGCCCACAGUACUGGUGGCCAUCUUGAAAGCUGGAAUGGCAUAUCUACCCCUGGACGCGGAAUUCCCGAUGGCCAGGAUGAAACACGUUCUGCAAGAAGCGAAACCUUUCGCCGUGGUAGUCGAGGAAACAGCGGAUUCGACGAUUUGCGAAGGUACAGAGACCGUCACUUAUGAGCAAUUGCUGAAACAAUGUGAGAACGAGGAGAAGGGGAAUUUGAUCAGCGACGAGGAGCCUGAACAGACCGCCAUUGUUAUGUACACUUCCGGAAGUACUGGCACACCAAAAGGAGUGCUUCUGCCACACGCUACGGUGUUGAAUCGUUUGCAGUGGCAAUGGCGAGAAUUGCCAUACGCGGCCGACGAAGAGCACUGUGUGUUUAAAACGUCUCUGACGUUUAUCGACAGUGUCUCUGAAAUUUGGGGACCGCUGUUGCAGGGCCGUACACUGGUGAUAGUGUCGAAACACGUGACCAGGGAUCCGGAGAAAUUUGUCGCGGUACUGGAGAAGUACGAUAUACAACGAUUGGUACUGGUCCCGUCUCUAUUACAGUCGAUGCUUAUGUACCUGAGCCUACGGAACAAGGACAACGCGCUACGUUCACUGAGACUUUGGGUUUGUUCAGGGGAAACGUUACCAGUUUCUCUAGCGGACCAAAUCAUGGGAGACGUGACGUAUCAUCUGUUGAACAAUCGAAACGAAUUGCAAUCGGCCGAGAAAAUACCAAUUGGAAAGCCAUUAGACAAUUGCAUUGUUUACAUCGUGAACAAGGAGAUGCGACUGGUGCCGCAGGGGGAAGUUGGUGAACUGAUAGUCGCUGGAAGAAAUCUCGCGGCAGGCUACAUCAGCGACAACGACACUCGGAAGUUCCAGGACAACCCACACGCGAUUGAUCCAGAAUAUUCGAGGAUUUAUUGCACCGGUGACUACGCGAGAAUAUCAAAAGGUACGGUUAUGUACGAAGGACGCGUGGAUUCGCAAAUCAAAGUCAGAGGACACCGGGUAGAUUUGACUGAAGUGGAGAAAGCGGUAUCUAGAGCACCCGGUAUAGACAGUGUAGUCGUUCUUUGUUACAAACCUGGUGAAUUAUCUCAGGCAUUGAUCGCUUUCAUAACAAUUGCAAACGACUCGUCCACGUGUGCACUGAAGAUCGAAAGUUUUCUACAAGCCACUUUACCCGUAUACAUGUUGCCUCGUAUUAUUGUGGUAGAUAAUAUUCCACUUUUAACGAAUGGGAAGACCGAUCGUCAGACACUGUUGAAACAGUACGAAAAUUCCAACUUGAACACUGAAAACGAGCAAUGCUUGAACUGCGAUUACAAUGGCGUGCCCGACAAGGACCUCGUGAAGGCGAAAGUGCUGUUUCCAACGGUGGCGUCCGUGAUCGGUGGCGGAGGUCGCACGGACGUCAAACUCGAUGCAAAUUUCUAUGAGCUAGGCGGCAACUCCUUGAACUCGAUUUACACGGUGACGAAGCUCAAGGAUCAAGGCUACGAGAUAGGCAUCACAGAGUUCAUCACGGCGAAGAAUUUAGCGGAGGUGCUCGAUCGAAUGAGGAUCAACACGGACGAGGCGGUUUUCGAGAAUAACCUCAACGAGGAAGAGCAUAUCUUCGAGAUGUUGAAUGACACUCACAAAGAGGACACGAUAGAGAUUAUCACAGAAAGUUUCUACAGCAAAGCGGAUCUAGAGCAAUGGCUGAUGCCAGAUAUAGCGAAGGAGGAUUAUCGUAUAAUGAUGGAAAUUCUUUGGGAGCCUUUGGUGGAAAAGAAUCUGAGCUUCGCAGUGAAAUCGUCGCGAGAUAACAGAACUAUCGGUGUGGGCUUGAAUUUCGAUCUUUGGGACGAGCCUGAAUUGAUCUUGGACUCUAAAUUGACGAUCGUGUUUGAAUUUUUGGAAUACCUGGAGGCACCAAUUAGAGAAAGGAAAUUGCCCAAGGGAAAGGGUCAGAUUAUUCACAAUUUCAUGAUGACGACCAGCGGUGAUUUAAAUCCAGCCGAAAAUGUGAUCCUAAUGAAAGAGAUGGAAGAGUAUUGUUUGCAAUUAGCUAAGAGGAAAGAAUAUGCUGGAAUUUUUACUACAAACACAAGCCCACUGACACAGCAACUCGGAACGGACGUGUUCGGAUACGAAACGAUGAUGACUUACCAAGUGAACAGGUACAUUGCCCCGGACGGUACGAAGCCCUUUGGAAUAGCACCGGACAGUCAACUGGCAAUUUGCUCGUUAAAAAUGAUAGCCUAAUAUCCCCUGGAAACGAACCGGAAAUGUUAGUGACUCCAGUCGUA